AUGGCGUACCGGGAGCUGGUGAGGCGCUGGCAUGAGGGGGUGCUGGCGGCCGACGGCGGCGACUGGGAUGCGGCCCUGGACAUCUUUGCCGGCAUCCCGGAGCCGCCGUCCAGGAUCUGCUUCAACGUGGGCUGCGUGCAGCUGCUGGCGGGGAGGCCGGGGCAGGCCCUGCGGGCAUUCGACAGAACUGUGGAGAAGGACAACUCCCUGGCUGUGGGCUACUUCCAGAGAGGCUUUGUCCAUCUGCAGCUGGAAAUGUAUGAAGAAGCUCUCUCUGACUAUCAGAUGGCCUUCAAUCAUCUCAGGAAAAAUCCCUUCAUUGAUUACAAGCAGCUGGGGCUGAGGCACAUCCUCUAUGCAUGGGAGGUGCUGUACAGCACUGCAGCAGCACAGUGCCAGCUGCAGCAGUGGCAGGAGGCCAGGCUCACCCUGGAGAAGGCUGUUGUGUGGAGACCUGAGGGCAGAACUGCAAUCCUGGAGCUGGCCCUGGAGCGAGUGCAGGACCAUCUGGCUUUAGAGCCCAUGAAGGUUCCUCUCGGGGAAUUUUUCAGACCACGGAAGAAGGAAGUCGAGCAGCUGGAUUCAAAGGAUUUCCUGGGCAAACCCAAGGUGAUCUCCUCCAUCAUCCCCAAUGAUGAGUACUUUGGCUUCGAGCCUCUCCGCUUUCAGAGGCAGGGCUGCUCUGAAGCCAGCGCUGAUGCUCUGCGGGCCAGUGAGGAGAGCUACUGUCGAGUUGUGUCCCAUUACUGCCCCGAGGACUCGCCGAGGCUGGUGGUGAAAGCAGGGAGCUUGGUCUUUGUGCUGGUGAGAGGAGCAGAUGGCUGGGCCACAGCCAUCCACGAUGGGCAGAAGCUGCACAUCCCGAGCUCUCUCCUGGAGCCUGCCUCCAAGACGGAUACCUGGAUCACCAAUGGGAUUCCCCUCCCCCCUGUCCAGCUGCCUCCCAGCCGACUGCCUCUGAAGCAGAAGCCAGAACCUGCUGGGGGAGAAGAUGCCUCUGCAAACAGUGCUGGUGCUCAAAGUGACAAGCAGGUCCCAACAGCCCGUGGAGAAGCUUCAUCCAGCAUGGACAAACCUGUGGUGCUGAGAGCUCACUGUGAGUGCAGCCUGGUGCUGAGGGCAGGCCAGGUGCCCUCUGUGGCCGAGCUGCGGAGGCUGCUGCGGGAGCGCUUCGGCCAGCAGGCAGAGAGAGGCAGGCUGAGCUACAGGCACGUGGAUGGCAAGGAGCUGGGCACAGUGUCGGGAGAGCAGGAUCUGGAGGGGCUGUGGCAGCAGCUGACAGAUGGCAGACUGGCACUGUGCUGCCAGGACUCAGACUCCCACUCGGCCAGACCUGUCCUCUACAGGAUGCUGGCCCAGCACCCUUACCCUGCACAGGGUCCAGGGGACCUGGAGUUCAGCAAGGGAGACCUGCUGGAUAUUCUCUCUGAAGUGAACGAGGACUGGCUGGAGGGACGCUGCAAUGGCAGGACUGGCAUCUUCCCCAAGUGCUUUGCAACCAGGCCCAGUUGUGGUGCUGCCUUCCUAUAG